GAAAAUAGAAAUAUAAUACUCUACAAACCUUGAAAUUGGUGAGAGUGUUUUUAUAGCGCAAAAACUGCUUCUCUGGCUUUUCUCCUCUGCCUGUCACCUGAGAGAGUCUGAGCGCCUGAGCGUGCGUGACGACACUCUUUCCAUUAGCCCUUCUUCGCAAUUCAAAUUCCCCCAUCCCUUUCCCUCAUUAAAUGAUCAUUCACACGAUAAUGAUGGGCUGGUUUUUUACUCCUCUCAUUUAAUUUGCUGUUUUUUUUUUCUUCUGUGAUUUAUCGCCUUUUCUUGCUGCUGCUGCUGUUGCUGGCCCAGAUUCCUCCUCUGUAAUUUCCAGCUGCAGAAGAAUUGAUUCGCGAUCCGUUAUUUAUUGUAAGAUUUGGGAAACACAAAUAGUGGGAUAGGUGGGUUUUGUUGUCUUAAGCCGCGAGUGAGUUGCGUUUGGAGAAGAAGCUAUGGCGAAUUUAGCGGCAGCUGUUAUAGUGCCGUUGGGCUUCCUCUUCUUCAUGUCUGGCCUUGUUAUCAAUCUUUUUCAGGCGAUGUUUUUUGUGCUAGUGAGGCCAUUAUCAAAGAGUACCUACAGGAGGAUAAAUAGAGUGUUGGCUGAGCUACUGUGGCUGGAGCUCGUAUGGAUUGUUGAUUGGUGGGCAGGAGUUAAGAUUCAACUCUACACAGAUCCUGAAACAUUUGAAAUGAUGGGUAAAGAGCAUGCACUUGUUAUAUCUAAUCACAGGAGUGACAUUGAUUGGCUUGUUGGAUGGGUUUUGGCUCAGCGCUCAGGUUGCUUGGGUAGCACAUUGGCAGUCAUGAAGAAAUCAUCAAAGCUUCUUCCAGUCAUUGGAUGGUCCAUGUGGUUUUCUGAAUAUCUUUUUCUGGAAAGGAACUGGGCCAAAGAUGAGAGUACUCUGAAGUCUGGCCUUCAACGGCUGAGAGAUUAUCCUCUGCCCUUCUGGCUGGCACUUUUUGUCGAGGGAACCCGUUUUACUCAGGCAAAGCUUUUAGCUGCUCAAGAAUAUGCUGCAUCAGUCGGGCUGCCUAUUCCAAGGAACGUUUUGAUUCCUCGUACUAAGGGAUUUGUUACAGCUGUAAGUCACAUGCGCUCAUUUGUUCCAGCCAUUUAUGAUGUCACAGUUGCCAUUCCCAAAAGUUCUCCAGCACCAACAAUGCUUCGACUCUUCAAGGGGCAAUCUUCUGUGGUUCAUGUACAUCUUAAGCGGCACUUGAUGAAGGAUUUACCUGAGACAGAUGAUUCUGUUGCUCAAUGGUGUAAAGAUGUCUUCGUAGAAAAGGAUAAACUAUUGGACAGGCAUAUAGAGGAACAGAGUUUUGGGGAUCAACUGCUGAGAGACAUUAGGCGUCCAGUGAAAUCACUUGUGGUGGUGGUUUCUUGGGCCUGUUUGCUUUGUUUUGGUGCCGUAAAGUUCUUGCAAUGGUCAGCCCUUUUUUCCACGCGGAAAGGCAUCGUGCUCUCUCUAGUUGCUAUGGCAGUAGUUACAGCGUUGAUGCAGAUAUUGAUUAGAUUUUCUCAGUCAGAGCGCUCAACGCCUGCUAAGGUUGCCCCUGGAAGGCCCAAGAGGGAUGGAGAUCCUUCAGAAAGUGUACAAAAGCAGAACUGAAACGCCCCGAGUCUGAUCUUGUGUUGGGAGGACUUGAUUAGCUUGCCUUAUUCUGAUAACAUUUUGGACGUGAAAAUGUGUAUGAUGCGGGAUGUCUUUAUAUUUGUAAUUUUUAUUCUAUCUAUAGCUAAAGUUUGCCUCGACUUCAAUUUUUUGGGUAUGAGAAUAGGGAUUUGAAAGUCUAUUGAUCUUUGUGUACUCUGUAUAUGAAGUAGAGAGUAAAAGAUGCCCUCAAGGCUUUGGUCGCUUGUGAUGCUGGAUAAUCAACUUCUUUAUUUAUAGAGUUGUUAAUUUAUUGAUUAUUACUCUCUGUCCCAAAAUUAUUGUAUAGUUUGAAAUUUCACUUUUAGUACAAUUUGAACUAGAAAUGAAAAUUUAAACUGGACAAUAAUUAUGGGACGGAGGGA